AUGGCAUCCGAAUCUACUGCGCACGACUAUUACCAGAUCAAAGCUCGGUUUCCAGCCAAAGAUUCCAAUCCUGAUGACGGUGUCAACCGGAAGGUCUUUGUCCGUCAGGACAUCGAUGAAUGGAGCGGCAAGAAAUCUAACAAAAGGCAAGUCGAUCUGUUCAUCCUGGCUUUGGACAAGUUCCAGAAAUUAGAUCCUGGGGAGAAACUCUCCUACUUUCAGAUCGCCGGUAUCCAUGGACAACCCUUUGUACGAUGGGAUGACCAGAGCCCAGAGCCCAUGAAGAAUGGUUACUGCUUCCACUCCCAUGUGAUAUUUCCUAUCUGGCACCGCCCAUACGUGUUUCUGUUUGAGCAAGUCGUGUAUGACAUCAUGGUGAAGGACAUUAUCCCCCAAUUCCCCGAAGCCCAUCAGGCUGUGUGGCGUCAACAAGCUGAGUCCUGGCGUCUUCCCUUCUGGGAUUGGGCUCGGAACGGCCGCGUCCCUGACCUGGCGAAAUAUCCUACCAUCACUGUUCCUAAGCCCGAAGGGGGUUCGGUACGAAUUAACAAUCCCCUGUUUCAGUUUCGCAUGCCCACAGACAAGCCCAUGCGCAGUGAGGGCGUCGGAACUGAGAACACAUGGGAGAACGACACGGAACAGGAACAGUAUAAGAAUUUUGGCAAUGCAAUCGGAACUAGCCGUUGGCCCGAUGAAGAGGAUCAAAAUCCCACCAGUGAGGGUUGGCGACAUGGCGUAGUCAACAAUCGCAAGGUGGCAGAUGCCUUCAAUGCGCAUGAAGGCUACAAUGACAAGAAUCAUGGUCCUGCAGCUGAAAUGGUGUAUCGACUGCUGACCGUCCCCAUGGAGUACACGACCUUUGCAAGUACAAAUCCAGCCUCGAAAGACCAAAGUGUCGAGCAGGAUCUGAAUAUUGAAUAUAUCCACAACAACAUCCACGGUUGGACAGGUGAUGCAGGGCAUAUGGGAAAUGUGCCGGUUGCCUCGUUUGAUCCAUUGUUUUUCUUGCAUCACUGCAAUAUCGAUCGGCUUUUUGCAAUCUGGCAAGCACUCAACCCCGAUAAAUGGCUGACCAACAUUCCUGCCGAUAACGCGACGAUCCGUGAUUCACAUGGCAAAGAACAUGCCGUGAAUGGUAACACCCCACUUCAGCCAUUCAGGCAAGAUGCCGAGGGUAAUUAUUGGACUCCCGAUGGGGUAAGAUAUCCCCCGAAUCUGGGAUAUUCCUAUCCGGAGCUGCCGCGGUGGGAAAGCAAAUACCGCCAGGAGGAUGGAACACUCAAUCAAGCCCUGUUCCGAGAGGACAUCACCACCAUAAUCAAUCGCCUCUAUGGUGUGUCGCGUGAUUUAGCAUUGGACCCCAAAGUCCCACCUCCGAAGGGUGUGGACGCUAUUGAGGGUGGGCUCCGAGUUACCGAUUUUGCCUUCAGCGUCCGGUUCUUGAAAUAUGCAUUUGGAGGGCAGCCCUUCUGGGUCAAAUUGUAUCUUGCCCAGGAGGAUGGUGUUCAAACUCCACUCACAGACUUGAUCGCCGAAGUAUAUAACUUCAGCCAAAAGCCCGAAUUGGAUGGCUCAUCGGUCUGUGGAAAUUGCACAAAGGGACAAAAGUCGGGUGUCAAGUCAACCGCGUAUAUCCCAAUCACCCCCGUUCUCUACAAACUUGUGAGAAGUGGACGAAAACUGCAAUCGUUAACACGCGAGGAGGUUCUAGCGUAUGUUCGAAAGCGAGCAUACUGGCGCCAUGGAAAAGAACUUCCCCGCUAUGAAGUUGAGAAACUGGAAUUGGAGAUCAUUGGCAGUAGCAAUGACACCAAACACUUCGAAAAUCCCGCUAUCCUACCAUCCUUCGAGAACUUCAAACAAGAGCCGACCAUCAGCGGUGGUGCGGAUGGAGCGCUCGAUCCGGAACUGAAACAGCCAAAGAUUGACCCGCCGGCUCCUCGCCCCAAACGACCACGAGCGAAUCUCUCGCUUCAUGGCAGUCUUCGUUUCCAGCAGACCCUCAAGGCCGACAGUGUCAUUCUCCUGGAAUCGUCCAGCAUGGACCCCGUCAAGCCGAGCGAGGGUAUAGACAUGACUCAAAUCUCCAUCACUGAUUCAGAGAAGGAUACCAUCUUCCACAUCUCUAUUCGACGAGGCCAAGGCCAAAUUGUAUUCAAUUCCAAGAUCGGUGGAUCGUGGGGCGAGGAGCAACGCAUCGACAUUGACCGACGAUUCGACAGCGAGGAUGGUGCGACAAUUCUGAUACACGACCAGGGCGAUGGCUUCGAGGUUUCUAUCGAUUGGGUCCACGCAAUUUGGUUUGCUAAACGUGUCAAGGAUAGGACUCCACAAACGAUUUGGUAUGACCUUGGCGACAAAAAUGGCACUUCCAUUUUGUCCGAGGAUCUUGAAGUGCGCACCUAUCCUUCGAUGAAGGCCCUUUUCCUUCAGAAGUAUUCUCACGAGGAGGAAAAUUAA